AUGGCAAUAAUUCUGAUAUUUCUUCUGUGUUUCUAUCCCACAUUCAUAUUAUCCACAGAUGAAUCCUCUCUCCUAACCCUAAAGUCCCGGAUUAUUAAUAACUCCGGCGCCGCCGUAUUAUCGACAAACUGGACGGAGAAAACGUCGUUCUGCACGUGGAUCGGAGUCACGUGCAGCCGGAGACACCCGAGAGUCACAUCACUCAAUCUCUCCAGCAUGGGAUUGGAAGGCACGAUCCCCGAAGAAAUCGGUAGCCUCUCGUUUCUAACAUUCCUCGACGUCAGCAACAACAGCUUCUCCGGAGAAAUACCCGCCCGAAUCGGGAACCUGGCCCGCCUCCGCGUGCUGAAAAUGUCGAAGAACCAGCUCGAAGGUCAAGUUCCAUCGAGCCUCGGUUUUCUGAGAAAUCUUGAAAUGCUGGAUUUGGCUGAUAACACGCUAACCGGGGAAGUUCCUUGGCAAGGUCUGUUCGAUAUUUCGUCUUUGAAGGUGAUCGCCUUCACGCGUAAUUACCAGCUUUCGGGUGCGUUUCCGGUCGAGAUUAACUGCGGUGCUGCGUCGAGAUUGGAGCAGAUACGGAUUUCUUUAAAUCAAUUCGGUGGCGAUGUACCGGAGAGUUUAUCGAGAUGUGGGCAGCUCAAGAUUAUUUCCUUCUCCUACAACAAUUUCACCGGUAGCUUAACCGGUUUCGAAAAUUUGCCGCAGCUUCGGAUUCUUGCACUAGCAGUAAAUCAAUUUUCAGGUACCAUUUCACCCUCAAUUGGAAAUUUAUCAAAUUUGGAAAUAUUGGACUUGAGUGUCAACCUUUUACAUGGAAUAAUUCCUUCCGAAAUCGAAAAACUUUCGAAUUUAAACUUUAUUAGCCUCGGAGAAAAUAUGCUAACUGGUGAGUUACCGAUAUCUAUUUUCAACCUCACUAAAUUAGACACACUUUCUCUUCCAAAAAAUAAUCUUGUCGGAACCCUCCCGAUUUCCAUCGAUAAAACCCUUCCAAAUCUUCGACUUCUCUAUCUCGGUAACAAUUUGUUCUCUGGAAAGAUUCCUUAUUCCAUCUCGAAUCUUUCCAAGCUCACUAUUUUCGAUGUUUACAACAACUCUUUCACUGGAAUUAUACCCACAAACCUUGGAAACUUAGAGCAACUCCAAGUACUGAGACUCGGAAUGAACCAAUUCACAAAUGACCUUUCUGUCCCUGAAGAAGAAUUCAUCACAUCCCUCACAAAUUGCACGAAUCUCGCAAUCUUGGAAGUGCCACUUAACCCUAUAACCGGAGUGCUACCAAAGUCUAUAGGCUCCGCAAAUUUCUCGGCUUCUCUUGAGCAGUUUGUUAUAUACUCUUGUAGACUUAAAGGUCGAAUUCCGGAGGAAAUCGGAAAUCUAAAAAGUUUAAUUUGGUUAUCCCUCGGGGAUAACGAGUUUACCGGAGAAAUUCCAUCGAUGUUGGGUCGUUUAAAUAACAUGCAGAAACUCGAAAUCUACGGAACGAAUCUGCAUGGAUCGAUUCCUCAAAGCCUUUGCAGCCUCGAAAAUAUGUAUUUUCUAAGUUUGGGGAGAAAUGGUUUAUCCGGAAAUCUGCCAGCGUGCCUCGGAGACCUCACUUCACUACGAGAAAUUUACUUGGAAGAUAACGGAUUCAUCUCGAACAUUCCGUCAAGUUUUUGGUCCCUUCAGCGCAUUCAAAUCUUUUCCUUAUCUAACAAUUCAUUUAACGGCUCUUUGUCUCCAGAAAUCGCAAAUUUGAAAGGCGUGCACGUGUUGAAAUUACAUGGAAAUCGGCUCUCCGGGGACAUUCCGACCACUAUAGGACAACUUGAAAAUUUGGUCAAUCUUUCAUUAUCGGACAACAUGUUGCACGACUCCAUACCCGAAUCUUUUGCUAAUUUGAAGUUAUUGCAGUACUUGGAUUUAUCACGUAACAACCUUUCCGGUCCGAUUCCCAAGUCGUUGGAAACCCUUUCCGAUCUUAGUUAUUUCAACGUUUCGUUCAAUGAGCUUAGUGGAGAAAUUCCACACGGAGGGCGUUUUGCGAACUUCACAGCCGAACUAUUCCAAGGUAAUAAAGGCCUAUGUGGAGCACCACGUUUCAACGUUGAGGCAUGCAAAAGCACUACCCUUAAAUCAUCAUCAAGAAAGAGCAAACUUCUAAAGUAUAUUCUACCACCAAUAGUUUGUAUGUUAGUCAUAACAACAAUCAUAAUCUUGCUGCUCACACAUUAUCGUAGAAGAUCAUCAGGUACAUCGGAUAAGUCCGAUUUGGCAAUUGGCCUCACACACGAGAGGAUUUCGUAUUACGAAAUUCUUCGAGCCACGAGAAACCUCGAUGAAGCAAAUUUGAUCGGGAAAGGAAGCAUUGGGUCAGUAUACAAGGGAACAUUUUCUAACCGUACUACUGCAGCUAUUAAAAUUUUCAAUCUAGACGUGCAAGGUGCAUUCAAGAGCUUCGAUACCGAGUGUCAAAUAAUGUGCGGCCUUCGACACAGAAAUCUUGUGAAGGUCAUCACGAGUUGCUCCAACCUCGACUUCAAGGCAUUGGUGGUGGAAUAUAUGCGUAAUGGGGGUCUCGACGAAUGGCUUUAUUCACCUAAGUGUACAUUCAAUAUUGCUCAAAGAUUGAGAAUAAUGAUAGAUGUGGCAUCCGCAAUGGAAUAUCUGCAUCGAGGGUAUUCUUGUCCGAUUGUCCACUGUGACUUGAAGCCGAGCAAUAUCCUUCUUGAUGAAGAUUUGGUAGCACAUGUUGGAGACUUUGGCAUUUCAAAGCUCUUUACUGAAGACCAGAGAUUGGCUCAGACCAAAACUUUGGGCACAAUUGAUGAAGAGUAUAGUACAUUGCACUUGGAAUCGAUCGUGAGAAUAGCUAUAGAUUGUACUUCGGAAAUUGCUGAGGAAAGGCCUAAUAUGGAAGAUGUUCUUGCGAUGCUCAACAAGAUCAACGUUGAACUUCACGAGACGAAAACUAGUGUGAUAUUAUAA